CUCUUUCUCUCGCCCCCUCCUCUGCUGCUGUAGGAGAAGCCCCCUCCUCUUCCUCUCACCCUCCCCUCCCCUCCUUCCUCUCCUUCACGCUCCCAGCUCAGCCAAUCACAGCCCUCGGUGGGGGCAGGGCGAGCAGGAACCACCAUUCCAGUGCUGAGCUGCUGCAUCUCCCCAGAGCGAACAGGGAGCGAGCAGCAGAGAGGGAGGAGACACGCUCAGACCCAGCCUCUGUGUGUGCUCGAGUGUGUAAGAGCGUGUGAGUGUGUGUGAGUGUGUGUGAGUGUGUGUGCCUGUCGCAGACGAGCAGGCAGGAACACUGCUGCACUCUUGUUUCACCACACUUUUUCCCUCUAACCUUGCCUUGCCUCGUUUGCUGAGCUCCAGCUUUGCCUCCUCCUUCAGUCCAGGAUCAGGAGGGAUCAGCAUAGGGGGGACAGUAGACGACACAGGACGCCUUUUCCUUUCCUUUCCUUCCUUCUUCACUCUCUGACCACCUCGUAAACCGCUGACAGCCCCCGGCAGGCGGACGUGCAGGCUGGCAGGAUGAUAGCGGCUCAGCUCUUGGCCUACUACUUCACUGAGUUGAAGGAUGAUCAACUCAAGAAGGUGAGUGAGCGCAGCUUUAACCUGCAGCAGGAGACUUGUGUAAUGUGACAGCAGACAUGGACGCCGGGUAACUGCAUGUCAGCGUGAGCCUGCAGCGGGGCGUUCCAGGCUGAGAGGAGGAUGCAGAGGAAGAGGAGGCCAUGAUGAAAUCUAAUUUGUGUUUCUAUUUUCGUUGACUCAGGGGGCAGACAGGUUUGUAAUGGAUGUCCUUGAGAGGGGCUGUGGUCACUGUGGUGGGGAUGGGCUGCAGACAGACAGAGAGAGAGAAAGAGAGAGACAGGCAGACAGACAGAGACCCUGGUUACUGAGUGUUUCUGGAGCGCUGUUUCCAGGGCGUCUGAAGCAGACAGGUGUCUGUGAGGAGCAGUUGGAAAAGUCGUGAGCUCGCCAGUCUCCUCCUCCCUCUCUUAGCUUCCUCCACGUUUACCAUCCCGAUAAUCUGUUGCUUCCAUAUAAAACAGGCGAGAGACAUGCUGCUGCUCCUCCAAAGAGAAAGACGACCGUUUGCCCCGACAGAACAGACUCAAGUAUCAUUUUCAGGAGAGCAAAGUUUGAAACACUAACACCUUAAAAAGUGCAGCAGUGCAGAAAUACGUGCAAACAUAUUAAAACAAACUCUUAGUUUGUCGUUACCCUCCGGGUUUGUUUUUCGCUCAUUUCCUGUGUCCUUCUAACAAACUGGAGAAACUGAUGAGCUGAAAGAAAAACACUAAUGCAGAUGGAGGGACAUCGAACCGGCGACAUUCCCCAGGGACAGAGGGAGGAGGGGGGUCAAACACGCCGCUUUGAGGGGGGUGGGAGAUUCGUGACGACAUGUGUGAUGUCAUGUGUGAUGUCAUGGCGCAGCAGCAGAUGCACGUGCCUCAGCUGAAGUAGGUUAGUGAAGUUUACAACCGUCUCUAACGAGGGAGAAAAAAAACCUUGAAUGAACGAGUUUUUAUCUGAAUGUGUGUGAGUUUGAUAUGAAUGAGAGGGAAGAUGGCUGCCCACACAAUGACCUCUCACGGUGAUAAAGGAUGAGGAAGUCUGAUAAUCAGGACUAACCUUUUCUAAAUCAAGAUAUUAUAAUCAGGACUAACCUUUUCUAAGCCAAGAUUUCAUUCUUUGUGAACUUGCGUUUUUAACCAGAAGAGCUUUAAAUUUCCCUGGAAAUACAGUAACUUGGGGAGAAAUUCAGGGAUCCGACUGUGUAACUCACAAUACAGAUACGAUUCAGUAUAAAACAAAAUGAUACAAUACGAUACAAAACAUUUCUAUACGAUACAAAAUGAUACGGUUUGCUGUAAUACAAAACAAUACAACACGCUAUGAUAUGGUUCAAUACAAUAUGAUGUAAUACGAAUUGAUACAAUGCUAUAUGAUACAAAACAAUAUAUGAUAUAGUACAAUUCGAUACAAUGCAGUAUGAUACGAAACUACACGAAAUGAUAUGAUACGAUACAAUGUGAUAUGAUACGAUUCAAUACGUACAAAACAAUACGAUAUGCUGCAAUACGAUUCAACACGAUAUGAUAUAAUAUGAAACUAUUUGAUUAAAAUGAUAUGAUAUAAUAUGAAACAAUACAAAAUGAUAAAAAAUAAUAUGAUUCCAUGCUAUAUAAUACAAUAUGAUGCAAUACAAUAUAUGAUAUGGUACGAUUCGAUAUGAUGAUUCGAUAAGAUACUGAGCAGUUAGAAACCCUGCAUGGCCCGGGUUCCCGACUCCUGGCCCCCCUAAUUAUGAACUCUAGAUGAACUCUAUGAGCUGUGAUUUUGUCCAUUUAAAGGAACCGGGACAUCUUAAAAAAAAAAAAAAAGGUCGGACUGUUUUAAUAUUCAGCUCUUAAAGUCUGACAGCUGAGGACAGGAACAGAAGAGGCAGCCAUUGUUGGAAGAUCACACCUCACUGUUCACAUUCGGCUCGGGCUGCUAAAAUCUGAGUGAGGUGUUAAUAAUAAUAAUAAUGAUAAUAGUGAAGUCACAUGAUGAGACACAGAUGUGAGGAACCUUUCUGAUGGCACAGAAUAGUUCUGUGAGCUGAGCUGAGCCUCAUAACGAGCACCGAGGGAUUAUGUAAGAACAACAACAGGAGUUCUGGGUCAAUCUCCUCUGAACAGCAUUGGUUUUAAUUAGAUGCAUUAAAGGAUAAUUAAAGGAUUUUAAAAAAUGGGAUCAUAUUUAAAUAUUUUUGUUCAUAAUUACUAAUUUGGACCUCCAUUAACCAAAACCAGAAUUUGACCUUUCAGAAAACAAGAGCUGCUUUUUUCCACCGCUGCCUCAAUCCGACCUUUAGCCUUGGCUGAGGACUUAACAGCUUUAAGUUUUUCAUUAAUUUCAAUCUAGAACUAACAAAUGUAAAAUGCUGCUUUGUUUGUUUUUGUGUUAAUUCAUUGAAAAUGUUAGGUUUAACCUCAUUAUAAUAGUUUUAAUUGAGUUUUUAGUAGUUUAAUUAUUAUAGUUUUUAAUUAUUGUGACAUAGGGUACUUCUCAGGGGUGAGACCAAGCAGAGACUUGUUAAAAUAUGAAGUCAGAACACAAGUGCAAAAAACUGCAGUUCCCUGAGUGUCCACUUGAGGCCAGCUCCAAAAGACAAGAAAUCCCCAUUAGGUCCCAUGACGACAUUUCUAUUUAAAAAAAUGCUUUCAAAAGUGUUUUUUGUUUGUUUGAAGUUCACAAAUUAAAAAUCAAAUUUCAUUCAGAGUUUUAUCACCUUCACUGCUCUGCUGACAUGGGGAAGCCUGGCUUCUGUUUCUGUAAGGGUCUGCUGAUCAUGAACACAACCUCCGAUUGGUCAACACACCAUAACAAAGAUUAGCAUAGUAAGCUAACCACAGAAAUCCCCCUAAAUUGUUACAAUGUAAACCUAAAGCUGCCGGUCUCACUUAGUGGGUGGAUUUUGGUAUCUUGGUAUUGUGCUGUUGUUGUCACAGCUAAUAUUGUAAUCAUCGUAUUUAAUUCAAUCUGACCGUGGUCACUUUCUUUGUCGCUGUCGGAUCGAUGAGGACGUUCUUUAACAGGGAGAAGGAUUGUGGCACAGACUAGUUAGAAUUGGUUCUGAUCCAGAACCAGUUCCACUCACACAGCUGAGUUGACUGACGGGUGGUUUUGUUGUAGCGGUUUACCAGGACGCUAAAGGCCUGGCCAAUCAAAUAUCAGCAAUCCAGUACCGCCACCAGCAUGGCGGCGCUUUAAAUGACCCUUUCAGAGACUGACAGGCGACAUCACUGAAACCACAUCCACGCCUGAAACAGUCGGCUGAAGGAAUGAAACGUAAAAGCGUCGGGUUUUUAAACAUGUUUGAAGUGCUGCCAUCUGCUGGUGGAAAGCAGCUACAACACUGGAGGAUUUAUGGAAUAUCAAACUGAAGGACGGCGUGUGUUUAACAUGAAGCAGCAAAGACAGCAGCUGCUUUUCUCUAUGAUUCUAUUCAAAUCCACAAAUACACGUUGGCUUACAUAAGUAUUAUUUUUAAUCUGAUCAAACAGCUUCAACCUUUCACAAAGAUCCAUCAGGAGUCUCUUCAGCUCCUGUUAAACUGCAGUAUUUUGACCUUCCUCAUGGACUUCAAUAACAGUCUUUUGGUUCAGAGGGUUCAGCUGUCCUGGUUCAGGCUCCAGUUCUCCCAGUAUGCGUGACUUAGUGUGAAGUGAAUCAAUCUAUCGACUUUUUAACUACCGCUCUGCGUCAGCAUCCGAUCCCACUGCAUGUCUCUUUUUCAAUUAGUUUAAUGAGCAGGAACACAAUCUGAGGUGUCUCUGCAUUAGAACAUAUGGGAGGAGGAGAGCAGACAGCAAAAAGAGUAAAGUCCACUGUCGUAUCUGUCACUGUUAGACCCGUUAGAGUCUCAGGGAGUGAGAUUUGACUUCCACCAUGUUGACAAAGCAAAGGAGCGUCAGGAGCGUCAGGAUUUUAUCGUCCUUUUUAGGUCAUUUUUCACUCAAGUCUGUGUUCAGUUUGCUCACGGCUGCAGACUUAGUUAUUUUUGUUUCACAAUUAAACCCAUCGAGGUCGCCAUGGUAACCAACUGUAACAUCCACAAUGAUAACUUAAGAAGUCAGAUUAUAAUUAUGAGAAAAUAAUUGUAACCGUUGACACAUGAAGUUUAAAUAAAAGGUCAAACAUAUGUGAUGAGGUUAAUAUUAUCUCAUUAUGUUGCACAUAUUUCUCAUAAUUAUGAUUUUUGUCUCAUAAUUUUACGACUAUGAUCAUCUCAGAGUUUUUACUUUUUAUCCCAGAGUUGUCAUUUUAUCACAUUUUUCUUUAAGUUUUUACAAAAUAAAAAUUAUGUUCACAUUUUCUGGACCUUCUUUAUAAUGAUUUGGACUUCAUCUCAUCAUUCUGAAAUUUGAUCUCGUACUAAUAAUUCAAAUGUAUUUGGAUUAUGGAUUUUCAUUCCUCUUUUUCCUAUUUCUCACAAGGACAUCUACCAACACCAUACUUUUCCUGACGUUGCUUGAAAUUUAAUGAGUUUUUGAAAAAUAAAUAAAUCUUUUUAAAUAUCAUUGAAGAGAUUUUGACCUCUCUAAAAUAUUCUUGCUCUUAAUUCUGAAGUGCUCUUGAUUUCAUUACCGGCCUGUUUUAUUUCACCUCCCUUUGUAACCAAAACAUACAGACUUUGGUGUUGAGUUGUGUUUCAUAAAUGUGUUUAUGAUUUUUGUCACCUUGUCUGACACACCUGGUGACAUCUGUUUAGAUCCUCAGGUGUGUGUUUUGUCUGACGCCCUGUCUUUGUGUCUCCUGGUCAUCUAGAUCGAUAAGUACCUGUACUCCAUGCGUUUCUCUGACGAGACGCUGAGGGACAUCAUGAACCGGUUCCGCAGGGAGAUGGAGAGCGGGCUCAGCCGGGACACCAACCCCACCGCCACCGUCAAGAUGCUGCCCACCUUCGUCAGGUCCAUCCCUGACGGAUCAGGUACAGUCUGCAUGAGGACGAUAACAGCAGGAAUAGAAAAGUGUCAGAGUUAAACUUUUCUUGUUGACUAAAGCUCCUCAAAACAACUAGUACAUGGAAAUGAACCCAAUCCUUCACUGCAGGAAACACGACCCUGCUUACUUUUUGUGUCAUAUGCUCAAAGAUGAACAAAACAAAGAAGAAAAUGAACACAAACCUGCAAAUCUACAUGUUUCAUCGCCCCCUGUCAUUAUGUAUUCCUUACAGGUAUAUGAUGCAUAAUAAGAGGUGGUUCACUUUGGCUUAACUCCUCUUAGUUUGUAACUUUAGUUCAGGACUUUAAAGGUGGUGUAGGCAGGAUCUGAGUUAGUUCCAGUUUUUGGGCGAAAUCAAUUUUCCGAACUUUCUAAUUGGUUUCUACUGUCCGAUAUUGUAGCACGCUAACUUUGUUUGGGCUCCUGAAUGACAUGAGGGAGCAGCGUCUGCCUCAUAACCAAUCAGGUUGGGGAGGUGGAGAAUGGCUUUGUUUACAGUCAGAAAGAGCGGACCGCUCAAAAAUCUUAAAAUGUUGACUACACAGACAUAAGAGAACACAGCGAUAUUGUUAAAUCCCCAAAUAUAAUCAAUGACUAAUAGAUAUUGACUGAUAUUAAAAGCUUUCCUGUUUAUACACCACAAAAAAAGAUGCUUCUUUAACAGAUUCCUGCCUACCCCACUUUUCAGGUUUACUUCAGGUGUCCGUUUAAUUCCCGCCACUUUAAGACUCUAUCUCUGCACUUUAUUCCAGUUUUACAAGUCUCCUCUGUUGCAUUAUACCCACUGGAUCUGUAGGGGUGACAGACGUACAUGCAGUGCAUCUAUACUGUAAGCGUGUUCGAGCCCCACCUGAUGUAUCUGUCUGUUUGUAUCAGUCUGUUUGGAACAAUGUGCUGAUGUGGUUGAAUCGUCCGGCCCGCUCUGUGACAUAAGCCUCUGUGUGUUGUGCUCUGGAUUUGGCCUCAGGAGAUCCAAAUUGUUUUAGCUCUGGGCCAAACGGUUCAGUGUGUGUUCACCUCUGGACCUGCAGCAAACAGCGUGAGGAGGAAAAAUAAUCAGUUUUAUUGAUCAGACUUUAAUGAGGAACAGUUGAAUAAGCAGCAGCCUCAGAGUUGGUCUGAAAGGCUUCAUCAAAUAUUCAUGAUCGGCAGUUUGAGAGACUCUCCUGUUACUGCUCGGCAGCAGAAACCUGUGAAGUUAACAGAUCCAAACCUGAGAUAUCAUGAGGAAGGAUUACAGGAGAACGGAAUUAAGUAACUCUGAAAGACUGAAGGAAGUUGGGAAUGGAGUUAAUAGAGUGAUACUUCCAGAUCAGAGUUAAAAAAAAAAUUAACUCCAAUAAAGCUUUACAGCAGUAUUAACAUAAACGAAUUAUAAUUAUCAAGCAUUUCAAGGAACUCGGUGAUUCUUUAUGUUAAAAAUGUCAAAUUUCAGAGCUUCUCACCGGCGUUACUGUUGCUAGGUUACAGUGUUUUUCUGCUUGACCUUUAAGCCUUUACAGCGCUUUAUUGGCCUCAUAUAUUUGUUUUAAUUUAACAGCUUUUUACGAAGAAAAGCUACAACUGUUAAUAGAAACCGUGUCAAAGCACUGUUAGCCGCUCCAUUCCUGAAAACUGGACCUCGAUGAACUGAGUAUGAAAACUUACUCAGCUUGGAAUCCAAUCUCCCGCUUGGACGUCCGCCAUUGUUGUUGACGGAAGUCUAUCAGAAGCCCCGCCCCUUCUGCAUUCUGAUUGGUUGGUGAUAAAGAAGCGACAUUGAUGGCCGCGGGAGUGUUCCGGAAGUAGAACAAUUUUCAACUGAAAGCACAACGAAGAAUAACAGCUGAGGGCGAUUUUACAACACAAUAAAAUAAAAUAAAAUAAAAACGAUUACUUCUUAAAACAGUAGUAAUAUAACAACAAUAACAAUAAUAAUAAUAGAUUAAUAAUAAUAAUUAUUAUAUAUUUAAAAAAUAAUAAUAAUAAUACAUUUUAAUCCUGUAGCAAAAUUACAAAGUAUAAGAACAGAGCAAAAAGACAAAACCCCAACAACAAGAAACCCAGAAUAAUUCACCCAAACAUUGAACCCCAGAGGACACAGCAAGAAACCAAGAGCAUCGUAUGAAGCUAAGAAAACUCAGAAUAAUUUAGAGGACCCUGAAUGAAAACAGAUACUAUCAAUGCAAAAAAUAAAUAAUAAUUAAAAAAAUAAAUAAAUAAAAAAAUUUGUUGUUUUGUUUUUCAUUUUUUAAAGAAAUAUUUGGUGUUUUCAAAUGUAAUAAUCUUUUAUCGUAUGUUUUACCUAGUGUUUGUAAUAGGCAUAUGUUUGCAUAUGUAAGUCAAAGACAACGCAGACAAACUUAUCUUUAUCAGUGCAAGAAUAAAUACAGUGGAGGAUACAUAUAGAAGUAAAUGAGAGGUGUCCCUUUUUAUUUGGAUAUAAUUUUUUUUAAACAUGGACCAGAAAUAAAAGCUAAUUGUUGGAUAAAAGAACAGACGUGUUGCACCCGAAAAGGCCUGGCCACCUUUGGAUAAUUUGAUGUGCGUAUGUCCUUAGAGGAAGCCGACCAAUCAUCCCUCAGACCAGCUCAUCUGCACAGCUCUCACAUUCAAGUCAGCCAAAGUCAAGAGGCUCUGUGGACCUGAUUUCUGCAGAGCACGGCCUGUUCGUGUUGGUAAACAGCGCCUGCACACAGAAAUAACAUCAAAUGCCUGUCAGACAUGCUGCCAUGCUGCCCCUCUUCUCUCACAUUAUAAAUAGCCUCAGGUUGAAACAACUACAGGAGGCCACAGGGGUCAGAAAAGGGCAAAGUUCAAGCCGACAGCAACAUGUUGGGAAGGAUUGCUGUACUAAGAAGAACAGAAAUAUUUUGUGUCAUUAUAACAUAGAGUUUUAGUAAAAGUAAAUCAUAGAUAAAACACCAGAGCAGACCGUCUUUUUGUCUGGAAGUGAAAUUGAGGGUAUGAUAUCACAGAUCAGCUCUUAUUCUGACGGUUUCUUGUCACCUUAAUGACCUUUGAUAAUCAGACUAAAGAGAAACAAGCUGACAGAUAAGAUGAGGAAAUGUUCCCUUCAGCUUAAAUCCAAUAAGACUAAAAUAAUUAUUCAGACGUUUUCAUACUCAGCAUCUCUACUCUACAUCCCAUCAUGCAUCUGGAUAAGUGUGGUGUCUGUGACAGCAUACACCGAGGAGCUGGAAAAGGUUUCAUGCACUAUAAUAUUCAUUAAAAGUGCCAAGAACAGGGCUAUAAAAUUUGAUUAUACUAACCAUUAGCACACUUUUCCCAGGACUACUUGGUGAUUAUUACAGGUGAGCAGUUUGUCUUGUUGUCAUGGAGACGCCUCAGUAAUCACUUGUUAAUAUAAUGUCAACAGUGACAGAUGCUGUUAAAGGCCGUAUUAAUCUGAGCAGAGCUGUCUGUCAGGAUCUCCAGGGUCGAGCUAAAUUUGUUUCUUACAUUCAAAAGUUUAUAUUCAUGAUCAUCAAAGUUUUAGAGUUCAGUUCAUUUAACCAAAUACAGGAUAGAUGUACAUACAUUAAAGCUACAAUGGGGAGUUUUCAGAAGUGUAAAUGAUGGUUGAUGCAAACAUGAUGAUAAGAACAGGAGCUUUAAUUCAGCAGGUCUGAGUAAUUAUAUAUGAAGUAUAUCUGACAGCUUUUAAAAGGCACAGUGAGCGAUUUUCAUGACCGACACAGUCAGAACGUUUACAAGCACAGUUACGGUAAACUAUGUUAAGAGUUCAGUUAGGCGGUUUAACUGGACCUCUGUCCUGGUCCCAGUUUAUAUGCACUGGGCAAGAAUCGCAUUAUUGAUGGGAGACUGUCUACCUCCGCUACGAUCAGUGGCGACAUGACCAUCAGUUCAUUACUAUCAGCUUGACUUAUAACGCCUCAAAACAAUCAACAAAACCUGUUAGCAAGAGGCUAACAGGAUAAACAUAAACAGUGUCACUUUAAAUAUCUGUACCGUAGGUUUGUUUGAAGGGAAAGUUUCGUCUUUUUUUACCGUUACUUUAUCUGUUGAGGUUUCACAGAUGUCUGUGGCAGAGCAGACAAGUGCGAACGUUCACAAAACUGCACCAAACAAGUGGAAACUAUGAGAGUUUCAGGUUUACCAGAGUAGUCAUGGAUACUUCAGGAGCUGCACGUACAGACAGAUUUAUUUUUAAUUCCACCAAAGCUAUAAAUCUGGAUUCAUGUCACAGAUAAAACCCAGAGUCACCGAGGUUAUAGAGGGGCAGGGGCGUUAUAACGGACACUCACAUCAGAAACACGUCUAUAUGUCAGAGCUGGUCACUUCUCAUUCCUCACAGGUCAGGGGGAUAAACACGGCGAUGCAGCACACACUGCUGUCAUGGUGACACUAAAAGAGGAACAUUGUCCUGUAAGGCCACUGAAACUAAAGGUCACAGGUUCAACUCCUACCAUGGGAAAUGCUCGUCCGUAAACUACUAUGUGUUCUGGUGAAGAGUCUGUGAAAACUCUUCAUCCUUUUUUUCCUUUAGAGUCGGAUAAAGGUCUUGGAGCUGCACAUGAUUAGAGCUCCAUAGUUAAUGAACAAAUUAGACAUGCUUAUAACCCAUGUUUCAAAUAUUUUACAAGAGUAAAUGUUUCUGUUUGCUGCAGGAAGGUUAAACCAACUCUGCGGUUAGUUUUACACUUUGGCUCUCUGCCUGGAGUGACACUCAGGACCUGCACCGCUGUGAGCCCUGUUCACAUUAGAGGUUCAUGGAGACAGGAGUAGCUAAAGUGCAUCUAAAAAUCCAAUUUUUAAGGGUUUACUGGGGGGGAAGGGUUCGGUGCAAAGAGUAUCUCAUAGUAUGUUAGUACAGUCUCCCAGUCUCUGAAGGGGUCAUCCUGGGGUCAUUUCCAUCAACAGCAAUGAUCAGUGAAGUUUUUAGUUGUUUCACAUAUCUGUUUUCUAUACAUCUGUACAUCCGGAACAUCUACUUCAAGGUCGUAUCCGCCGAUCGUUACCAUUCAAGUUAAUGUGUCGAUUUCCACUGGCUUCUUUCUGUUCCUCUGCGGAUCGCCGGACUCCGCAGCUGAUCGCAAAAGUUCUAUUUUUUCCAGACGCCGGAGCACGGUUUAUAGAUGUCAGGGUUAGGCUGCUCAGUUUAAAGACAUGAGCUCUGUGCAGACAUGAAUAUGGUUUGCCUUCUUAAAUAUGACAUUAUGCUCUCUCUAUAAACAGGGAUGAUGCUGCAGGUACCUCACAUUAUUCUGCAGGUCAGCGUAGGAGUAGAUGCCCCCCCUCACAUGACAUGAUGUUUUAAGGAAGUGAUUAAACCCCCACAUGAGAACAGACUUCAGCUUUUUAGCGACCCAAAGGAAACUGGAUUAAAAAAUAAGGAGCUUAAAAGGUGAAAGCAUUUUGUUUGUGUUGGUUCUGGCGCCCCCUGUGGACAAAGAGAUUUUCUGCUACAGAAAUCUUAAAGGACGGUGAUACUGAAGGAUCAAUCAUGUGUUUGACUAUCAGUCAUAGGAAAGUUCAGGUCUGAGAAAACCAGCAGCAGCCCUAGAUCUUGAUUGCUGUGAUGGCGUACUGUCACUAAAGAAAUCCAAACAGCUCCAUUUUGUCUGUUUAUCGUUAAAUUACUUCAUUAUCGACUCUGUUUCUUGUUUUUCCGUCUCCCACGAUAAUUAAAGGUUUCCCUCGUCUUUUUUUCCUCUCAUUUUGACAGAAAAGGGCGACUUCAUUGCUCUGGACCUCGGAGGGUCAAACUUUCGGAUUUUAAGGGUGAAAGUGACUCAGGACAAAAGGCAGCCAGUCCAGAUGGAGAGCCAGGUCUACGAGACACCUGAUGACAUCAUUCACGGCAGCGGAUCACGGGUAAACAGCUGGUUAUUGUCUGAUCUAUGAAAAGCUGAAAUUCAUCCCAGAGAAACGUUGAAACUUAAAAAUGAGACUCUAUCCAAACUGCCCUCAUGGUGGUAUUAAAUAAACACUAAACAAAUACAGCAGCACAUGAUGAAGACGUCCAGACUGUUUUUACCCCAAACACCCGCUGAGUUUGUCCUCCACAUAACAAAGAACAGUCAUCUGUUAAAGGUCAACGCCAUGUAAAAUGACCUCCUCAAUAACAGCGAGAAUAAUGAGAGCAAAGUCAGGAGCUACUCUGACCUUUAGUGAACUUGAGGAGAACAGCUGGCAGUCGUAUCGUAACAUGAUAACCCAAACAUGAGCGACUGUCUGAGGCCGUGUGAUUGGAUCAGAGCGUGACCUACGCAGACGGAGAAAAGACAGAUGCUGUUUAAUAAAACGUCAGCUGGUCAGAAAUGUAACGUGUAUGAGUUUGUUAACAAGGAGGGGAAAGAGACAGUCACUGUUUAAGUGGAUUCAACUUUGUUCAAACAGAAAAUAUAUGUUUUCUUUAACUGGGUAAACUUUUAAAUGUUCUUAUUUAGUGGUUUUUUAUUCCCACAGCAGCUACAAAACUACAACAUGGUCAAAUAUUGGAUUUCUAAUUCUGGAUUUUCUCCUCAGAGAGAGUCAGUGUGUUGUGUUUUUUUUCAUGCUCGGGGUCGUUAUUGUGCUGUUAGGAUUAAAAAUUUGAAUUUAAAUCUCAGUGACUUUGAGGGUCUAACGGAGAAGAACAAACUAAAACUGUAAGGCUCCUGAGGUCCCUAAUGGGGAUAAUUUUAUCACUUAAAAUCUAUACUGAGAGUACAUUUUUUUAUCUUGUGGACUAACGUUAACUUCUUGUGUUUACAUGUUAGAAAUGAUCACUUAAUAAGUUUUGUGACUUUCUGGAUUAAAGGUACAGUGUGUAAAAAUAUAGAAACAUUAGAUUCUGGAUGGAGACGCUCCCUCGCUCACCCCUCCUGUUGAUGAAACUAUGGUGGCCUUUGAGGACAAGAAGCUCCUGUUUUACACAAUAACUUGUCAAGUUUUUACCAACAAAAACAUCUAUUGAUACACAUUAUCUGUGCACAACAACUAUAAAGUGUUACUAACGAAAAACAAAAUUAUUCAUAACAUGGCUGUGAAGAUGGAAAAGGUUUAGUCUGAGCUAAAAUAUAAAUAUAUCCUGGUGAUUAAUUCAAACAUCUGUUUACAUUUCUACCAAAUAAAGACUUGGCUUAGUACUUUUUAAAGUUCAGAGGUCAUCAAUCGUGGACAGAAACAUCUUUAAAGAUAGUAUAAAUACUCUUUAUUAAACACGGUGGAAGAGAAACCUUUAACAUCUUCAGUUCUGUCUUUUUGAAUUACUUUAACUAAUAACUUCAUGAGCAAUUAGAGCUAACGUUGUCUCUGAAUUAAACUCUGCUUUAGUCGAUCCGCUUUCUUUUGAUCUGAGUUUUCACAGCGCCUGUUUUUAGAUUUAAGUUUUAAAGUAUCCAGUCUUUUCUAUUUUACUGUUUUUAUCUGUAAAGUGACCCCAAGUGUCCAGAAAGGCGCUUAUAUUGAUUGCAGUUUGGGGAUGACGGGAUAUUUUAAACAUCUCUGAUUUAAUGUCACUUCAAGAACCAACACUGAGUAUCAUAAUCUUUAUGAAUAUGUGAUUUAAGACGAUUUAGUUUAAUCUAACAGCAUAAACUUUAGCUGUAUUCGCCAAGUUCAACAGCAGCCCGGUGGUUAAGAGGAAAGUCACGAUUGAACAAACAAAAUAAAACCCUGGCUGCCCUUUUUGUGUGGAGAGAGAAAUCUUUCUGAAUGACUCGUGAGCUCCUCCUCAUGUAGACAAACCUGAACAGUCUGUGUGUUUGUCGUGUUAUUCUGGAGUCCAACUUUCCCUUUUUUGUUCACAGCUUUUCGACCACGUUGCAGAUUGCCUGGGCGACUUCAUGGAGAAGCAAAAAAUCAAGGAUAAAAAGCUUCCAGUGGGAUUUACGUUCUCCUUCCCUUGUGCCCAGACCAAACUAGACGAGGUAAAUCUGUCCAAGUUUAAAGACUGUUGAUGAAAUUCCAGAAAAACUUUGCUGGUUUUCAGAGAAGAUUCAUGUUGUUGUUUUAAAGAGUCUCUCUGUAUCAUUAGGGGGAAAUGUUUAGUUUUGUCCGUCUGUUUUAGCCUGUCUGACUUUAAAUGAAGGUUUUGUUAAACAUCCUGUUUUCUAGGCCGUCUUAGUGACAUGGACAAAGAAGUUUAAGGCCAGCGGUGUCGAGGGGAUGGAUGUCGUGAAACUGCUGAACAAGGCGAUCAAGAAACGAGGGGUGAGUCUGUUUCUCAUUGGACUGGACUGACUGCAGAUAUAUUCUACACAUAAUGAGUGUUACAGACAACACCUGUGAUCUGUCUGAGAUUGUUAGUUUAGAGUCAUAACAUAAAUAAUCGAAUCUUUCAGGAUUAUGAGGCAGACAUCAUGGCCGUGGUGAACGACACAGUUGGCACGAUGAUGACCUGUGGAUUUGACGACCAGCGCUGUGAAGUCGGUAUCAUUAUUGGUAAAGACAGACGUUUCUGGUUCAUGUAAUUAUUGAAUGGUCUGUUUUUGAAAUGAAAGCUAAAUGGGAUGUCUGACAGUCUGACAGUCGUGCCCUUCCAGGUGAAUCAUUUCUGAGUUUACUGCACAUGAUAUAAUGACAGGAAAGACGGUCUACUCUUCUUUAUCCUGCAUACAAGAGGAGGCCACCCUCACGCCAUUCUCACAGUUUGACAUGUGGGGGCGCCAAAGUCAUAUCCGCCCUAACCCAGAGCACUCAGACUCCAGAGUCCCACAGACUCCCAGUCACGCCUCUCUGCAUCCUCACAGGUACAGGAACAAACGCCUGCUACAUGGAGGAGCUGCGUCACAUCGACCAGGUGGAAGGAGACGAAGGCCGGAUGUGCAUCAACACCGAGUGGGGGGCCUUUGGCGAUGACGGGUCCCUGGAGGACAUCCGCACAGAGUUUGACCGAGAGAUUGACAGAGGCUCCAUCAACCCAGGAAAGCAGCUGUAAGAUUUCUUUGAACCUUCUUAAACAAACUCCUGCUGAAGACAUAGGGACGCCAUGAACCCCAGACUUUUAAAGCCCCAGUAGGCCUGAGACUUUAUUUUUGAAGAUUCAAGAUUUGAAAGCAGUCAUGUUUUAUGCAAACAUUUGAUGAGAGCUUUGAACACACCUGCAGUGUAAUAGAGCAUUUAGAGGUCACCAGACAAACCUGGAAACUUCUGACACUUUUCUGGGGUAGUAAUCGCAGCUCUGUACCAUCCAGGGUCCAAACCUGUGUCCUACUGAUUUCAAAUGUGUUCAUGUUUAAGGAGACGCUGCUGCUGUGUUUGGAUUUCAGGUUUGAGAAGAUGGCCAGCGGGAUGUACAUGGGUGAGCUGGUCCGACUGAUUCUGGUGAAGAUGGCCAAAGAGGGACUGCUGUUUGAGGGGCGGAUAACCCCGGAGCUCCUGACCAAAGGAAAGAUCGAGACGAAACAUGUUUCUGCCAUCGAAAAGUGAGUCAGGGGGAGGGAGCUGGGCCAUCACAUGAGGGCAUACACUUAUGGAUGGAUGAUCCAGAAGAAGGUGUUUGUGAUUCAUGGUUAUCAGAGCUGUGAUGGCAGGAAACAUUUGUCUUUUUAGGACAAAAGAAGGCCUGAAGAAGUGUAUGGAGAUCCUGACCAGGCUUGGGGUGGAGCCUUCAGAGGAGGACUGCUUGGCCGUGCAGCACGUGUGCACCAUUGUAUCGUUCAGAUCGGCUAAUCUCAUCGCCUCUACUCUGGGAGGGAUCCUCGGCCGCCUCAAGGAAAACAAGGGACACGCACGCCUUCGCACCACCGUGGGCAUCGAUGGAUCUCUGUACAAGAUGCAUCCUCAGUAAGUAAUCCUUAAACAAGAUAAGGGAGACCAAGAUCAAACUUUAGACUCAACGUUAGAUGUUCAGAGAAACACAAACAGUUGAUGCUCCAAACGAUGAAGAGGAAUCAACCAAUCAGAAUCACUCCUGAAAAUGCAGUAAUACCCUCAUUUUUGCAAGUUUAAAGAUGAGUUAUGUUCAUCACGAAUACUAAGUAAAGGAUUUUAAGUGAAACCUUUUGUGUUAAACCAGAAUAUCUUUUUUAAGAAAUCUAUUCAGGUGUUUUUUUUUUUUUUUUAGGAAAUAUUGCUAAACAGAAAACCUGCAUUUGUUCUGGAGGUUUAAUAUAAAUGGAAGAUUGAUCAUUAAUCAGAUUUGGCAAUCAGGAUAAAUACAUGUUGAAUAUGUGAAAAUAUGCUGAUUGAUCCCUCUGUCACUGUGAGCUGCAGCUCAGGUUUAUGAUAACUGGACUGAAUGCAUUAAAUCAUCAUUAUUAUUAUUAUUAUUAUUAUUAUUAUUAUUAUUAUUAUUAUUAUGGCAUAGUGUUAAAAAAAGAUAUGAAAUCCUGUUUUAUUUCAUUUUUAAGGAUUUAGAGCUGAAUAAACUGCAAAGAUGAACACACUCUCUCUCAUCAGAUAUGCCCGUCGGCUUCACAAGACAGUGCGCCGCUUGGUCCCAGACUCAGAUGUCCGCUUCCUGCUGUCAGAGAGUGGGAGUGCGAAAGGCGCUGCCAUGGUGACAGCAGUGGCGUACCGUUUGACGGAGCAGGCUCGCCAGAUUCAGCAGACUUUGGCCGAGUUCCGGCUGAGCAAAGCGCAGCUGUUAGAAGUGAAGAAACGGAUGAGGGUGGAGAUUGAGAGGGGCCUGAAGAAGGACUCUCACAAGGAAGCAACCGUCAAAAUGCUGCCCACCUUCGUCAGGAGUACGCCGGACGGCACAGGUGACCGAAGCAGACACCUGAUGAGGGAUGGGGUGGGGGUCUUUUCACAGUUUUAUAAAAUGGAGACAUCUUGUAUUUUCAGUUCAGUAUCUACUGUGUCCAAAAUGUCAACUCCUAAAACUGAACCAAUCACGUACAGACGGAUCGUCAAAUCCACUUGCUUCGUGAGACCGACAGCUGUUCGAUAAUUCACAGAGUUUCUGUGACAUUCAUGUUCCUCCAUCUCAACAAAUUCAACCCGUUAAAAACGUACAUAAUCCCAGAUGAUUUAGGUUUUUGUUGUUUGCUGAUGGCCAAUCAGAGGCUGUGUCUGUGAUCAGCUGACCCCUGAACACAACAAAACCAUCUAUGUCUGUAUAUUUAAGGGGAACAAGCAGUUAAAGCUGCAGAAUUGAUGAUAGGCGUGGACUAAUCUUCAUUGUCAGAAAACUAAAGAGAACUGGAGAUGUUUGUUCCUAAAUGUUUAUUUUCAGGUGAAUAAAUCAAUGGUAAAAAAAUCAAACUCCUGAACAUGUUUGAUCGUCCUGUUCGUCUGAAUGAUCGUAUUACUUCGAUCAAACAUCUAAAUGAUCUUCAAACAGCUGAAGCUCUCACUUUGAAGCAGCCAUCAUCUGCUGCCGUGUUGACAGUCAAGCUGAUGUCUGCAGGUGUUUCACCAGGUCAUCUAAACAAUGUUGCGCAAUCGUCGGCGCCGUCACCCGUCCUCUUAGGCGUGGUGCGUGUUUGUCACCAACCUCAAAGUUCAGUCAAGGUCCUCCAGUCUACUCUUCAAAUAAAACAGAGUUUGUCGUGUUGGCGCCGCAGACAUGCGGUGAGCGCUCUGAAUCAGGUUCUCCCACAUUGUUUUGAGUUAAUCGCCGUGGUUAUUAUGUCAAACCUCCAGGGUUUAUCUCUCCAUCUUUAUUAACCUCACAGAUCCUGUCUACAUCAGCAGAAAUAAAAAACAACCUUCUUCAUAAACACGUAGAAGAUCUGCAGUUUUCAAAGAUGAACCCCCAAGUCGUCUCUUAUGGUCGUAGCACUUCCUUCCUGACUUUCUGUUGGCGUUUGUGUUUCAGAGAAUGGAGAUUUCCUGGCUCUGGACCUUGGUGGGACGAAUUUCCGAGUGCUUCUGGUGAAGAUUCGCAGUGGGAAGAGGCGAUCAGUGGAGAUGCAUAAUAAAAUCUACGCCAUCCCCAUAGAGGUCAUGCAGGGCACGGGAGAAGAGGUGAGGGGGACCUUUAUUCCCUCUAAACUGAAGUUGAUGUUCACCUGAACUUUCCCAUGUCUUACAGCAGCGCAGCACAAAAUUUAGACUAAGCAUCUUCAAGCCAAAGCCAUCGUAAACAUGUGUCUCUCUUUUGCAGCUCUUUGACCACAUCGUACACUGCAUCUCUGACUUCCUGGACUACAUGGGAAUGAAAAGUGCUCGACUGCCGCUGGGUUUCACCUUUUCCUUCCCCUGCCAUCAGACCAGCUUGGAUGCAGUAGGUUCUCUAAAAAUAAGAACGUUAUGUGUAGGAUAGGAGGCUAAAAAAAACAACACACUUGGGUCUCUGCCAUGUACGCAGAAAAACACCAACAUGAGCCAAAAAGAGCAAAAUGCUACACUAGUUUUUUUUUUUUUCUUUUGGAAAAAAGGGCCAGAGUAUAUCCAGGAUUUCAUGAGGAUGAGUAUUCACCAGUGUGAGACUAGUGAGAAUCACAUUUUAUGACAUUGAGAAGAAAACAGCACAAAAUGAUCCUCUCUAAACUCAGCUGGAGGCCGGGUUAUCACAAACACUAACGAUGGCCUCGCCCUGCACCUCUGGGUGUCUUUUAUCAUCAAAACACAAUGAACACUGUCACGACAAACAGCAGGGUCUAAAGAGAGGAGGUCCUAUCGACUUGUCCUGUGUCGAUCCUAACCACCAAUUUUUACCACAUCUGGAACAGCUCCGAUCCGGAAUACACAUGUUUGUGUAUUCUGGCUUAUGUUUGUUUCCACAACCGAGUGAAAAGCAGAGUCCUGUUCAGGAAUGAAUAAAGUUUUUUGCUUCUUCAUCUGGAGGUCUAAAGGAAGUUGAAAUAGUCAGAAGAGUUAUCCAAAAAGGAUCAUAACAGAAGAGUGUGUUGUGUUUCCUUUAGGGGAUCCUCGUCACCUGGACCAAAGGCUUCAAGGCCACAGACUGUGAGGGGGAGGAUGUGGUUGAGCUUCUCCGGGAUGCGAUCAAGAGGAAAGAGGUAAGAGAGAGUAGAGACUACAUCCAAACCUCAUCAGAGUGUAGACGUGCAGUGAUGCGAGUCCUGGAACACCUGGACUCUGUGACCAAGUCCUGACAUUUUCAGGACUUGAACUUGACGGCAGGAGAGAUCUUUGUCAAACACCUCAGAGACCAAUAAGGAAAAGUCUGCAGAAAGACGAGUGGAGGAGAGAGUAAUCACAGAGUGUCACGAUCAUAUAGGUGUUACCCUCAUCCAUAGAUCUGCUGCUUUUGGCUUCGACUAGUCUGGAAUGAAUCGAAGCUUUCUGCAGAGAACUGCAUCUUGUUUAGUUUGUGUAGUAGAGUUGAUCUUGUUUAGUUUGUGUAGUAGAGUUUGUCUCGUUUAGUUUGUGUAGUAGAGUUUGUCUCGUUUAGUUUGUGUAGUACAGUUUGUCUUGUUUAGUUUGUGUAGUAGAGUUGAUCUUGUUUAGUUUGUGUAGAAGAGUUUGUCUUGUUUAGUUUAUGUAGUAGAGCUGAUCUUGUUUACAGCUCAGACUGUUGUUUCAUGUUGCUUCUCAAAGCUCAGAUCUUGAAGGUCUGACUGAGCUCUGCUGUAAACAUGGUAAAUGUGAUCUCAGAUCUGAAGAACGUUAGCAUGACGUGUUUGUUUCGUGGAGCUUCUGUCUGUUUUCUUUGUUCAGAACAUCAUUUGAUCAAAACACAAAGUUUGAUGAAAAGGACGGAAACAGAAACGAGAUUUCAAACACCCACCUUCAGUCAGAAAACAGACGUGUGUUGGAGCGGACCACUUCACCACCGUUCAUACUGACACCUUUAAACCGACCUUUAUUUCACAGUUCAACGUAAAGCGGAAUAAUGCUGUGAAAACCUGCAAACAUGUACAUGAUUGUGUUUUCAGAAAGUGUCUCAUGUUUGUCUCGUGUUUGUCACCUUUGAGUCUCUUGCAUUGGUUUCACUCUUUUAGAUGGAGAACCCAGUAAGUAUGAUGAGACUGUAAAUCUUAACCUGGCAGGUAAAGCGGUUCAGGUGAUUGUUGAUGUUGGAGCAUGUCCUCCUAACACCUGGAAGUGUUUGUCUGUGUCUGCGGUGUGGGAUCCAUGCUCGGUGAUGAUGACAGAGAUCAAACCCUGGGUUUGAUGUGUUUGGCAGAGCUCCUGAAUUUCACAGCUCGAUUAUCUUACUGUGUAUCCUGCCUAAGUUUGUGAGUGAACUGCAUUGUGUUCAGUCUGUGUGUGUGUUUGUAAAGCUGCCAUGACCAACAUUAAUCCCCCAUCAUCACACCCAUUCACCACAAAGUCGUCGGGUAUAAGACCUGGACCUGUAGGUCAACCCUGGUCCUUUGAGUGACACUUUGUUUUGUGAUCUGUAUCGAUAAAAAUUUGGAAACAAAAUUCUACAAACGAGAAAAGCCUUUCUAUCCCAGACUGAACGAAAAACAGUGACUUCACAUCAGAGGACAAAGGAACAACUGUUAGACCGCUGCUGCCCUCAUCUGUUCCUGUGUUUUUAUGUCUAUUUUAUUUAUACUUUUGUUUUUCAGAGCAGACAAAAUAUUUUUGUAAUUCAUGAUAGAAGUAAACCCAGAAUUCAGAUCGUCUCCUCAGAAUUCUGGAUCUGAUGACGCAAAAGGAGAGGAAAUUCAAAGUUUUAGGAAAAAUGUCAAAAUUUAACAUAGUCCGGAUUCUGAGAUCGUCAUUCAUAUCGAAAAAAAUUCAUGUUUAAAUCAAUGAUCAAAGUUUUUCAUUCUUUUUUUUAAAUCAAGAAUUUCAAGAUCAAAGUCAGAACUCUAAAAUCAAAGUUAAAAUUCUUGAUCAGUCAGACCUCUAAAAUCAAUCGGAAACAAGAAGCCAGGAAGACCUGUAGAAAUCAUCGAUUACAACCCGUGAUUUAAACAAAUAAAAGAAGAAACAAAGAAUACUGGACGCCAUUAAAACUUGAGUAGCUAAAAAUAUUCUCAGUUUAGGUAUCAAGAAAAAAAUAUUUAAAAACUUUGAAAAUCAUUUUUGUUUUGUUUUAUCAUUCUAAUAUUUUUGGGGAACUGAAAAUCUAAUUUCCAUUUUAACACAAAGCAUGAAUCUUGACUUCCUGUAACUCUCCGUCACUUAAUUUAUUCCUCUGAUUAAUUAAUUGAACAUUUGUUCUGACAGGAAUUUGAGCUGGACGUGGUCGCCAUAGUGAACGACACCGUGGGUACGAUGAUGACCUGUGCGUAUGAGGAGCCCAGCUGUGAGGUCGGACUUAUCGCAGGUGAGUGAACCGGCAGAGUUCUGAAGACGGAAGUGUUCUCGGUUCGGUCUGAACUCUUCCUGACUUUUUCUCAUUGUUUCUUUAAACUGGAAAGAGCUUUUAAGACUUUGAGUCUUUUCAGGGACGGGCAGCAACGCCUGCUACAUGGAGGAGACGAAAAACAUCGAGAUCGUGGGAGGAAGUGAGGGCCGCAUGUGCGUUAACAUGGAGUGGGGGGCGUUUGGAGACAAUGGUUGCCUGGAUGACAUCAGGACGAUUUAUGACCAGGCGGUGGAUGAGAACUCGCUCAACGAAGGCAAACAAAGGUCAGAAGAACGAGUAUCAAACUUUAUCAAUCAGACUGACGAAGACAACGUGCUAACGAGAGUUUCCUACCUCCACCUGUCAGGUAUGAGAAGAUGUGCAGCGGGAUGUACCUGGGGGAGAUCGUCAGGCAGAUUCUCAUCGAUCUGACCAAGCGCGGUUUCCUCUUCCGGGGACAAAUCUCUGAGACCCUGAAGACCAGGGGCAUCUUUGAGACCAAGUUCCUGUCACAGAUAGAGAGGUGAGUGAGUUUUUUUUCAACACACUGAACCUCUGCGGACCAGCAGUUUGAAAUAAAAACAGUCGUAUUUAAAAAGUAAAACACACAGAGAUAGGUUAUAGGAGGUUUUUAAUUUCAGUUGAGGAUUUCAGAUUUAUAACGUUCAGAGAUAACACCUGAAACUACCAGGAAGUAGAUCUUGACAUGAGCUUGACCUCACUCGAUUCAGUAAAGCUGUUGGGUUAGGUGGCAGAAACUUUUAAAAGUAGACCACUUAAACAAUAAUAUUUAAAUAUCACAGAUUAUCAAACUUUACCCCCUUUCACAAACACACUCCUUCAAAUUUACUCAAGAAAUAAGUUCCAGAGCCCUCAAGUAUGUGAGAUAAACUUAAAGCUCCUGUGAGGAACUUUCAGUUUAGGUCCAUUUUGGCGCCCCCCUGUGGACAAAAACGUUUUUCCCUUUCAUGUUCUUCACAUGCUCAAAUAGGGACAUGAGCAAAAGUCUCAUCCUGACUACUUUUGACAGUCAAAUCACAUGUGAAUAUUUUACACGGAAACAGUUUCUUCUCGCUGGUUUUAGGACACUAAAAUUGUCUGUCUAGUUUCUGACGGUUUUGUUUGAUCGUUGAAAUCAUGAACUCAUUAACUUCCAAAACUCCUGUCUGGGAUUUUAAAUUCAAUUGUGGUAAACCAGACAGAAAAGAUUGUAGGAUAAACACAGUGAAGUUUGAACACAUAUUUAUGAGUGUGUGACGGGGGGUGCAGAGCUGCGACAGGAGUGUGUACGCUGUUUAAGCCCACCUCAGCCUCUGGGAACAGCUGUGGGGGAUCCGGUGACUCUCCUGCUGACCUCUGACACGCUCUCCCUCCCUCUCCACAGCGAUCGUCUGGCGCUGCUGCAGGUCAGGGCGAUCCUGCAGCAGCUGGGGCUCGACAGCACCUGUGAUGACAGUAUUAUCGUCAAGGAGGUGUGCGGCACGGUGUCCCGCCGCGCGGCUCAGAUCUGCGGAGCCGGGAUGGCUGCUGUGGUGGACAAGAUCCGUGAGAACAGAGGAUUAGACCACCUGGAUGUCACAGUGGGCGUGGACGGCACGCUCUACAAGCUGCACCCACAGUAAGACCUGGGAUGGGGGCUGGUUAGAGGGCGUGUUUGUUGGGGAAGGUGGGGUUCAACCUUUUAAAGCUCUACAGUGAAUCUGACAUUUAAAAGGCGGUAAAGGUUGUUUCAGACCGUUUCCAGUUAGACCGAAGCUCGAGGUUGGAUUCUGGCCUGUCUCUCAAGUGCCGAUAUCUUCAAACUGAAUUUGGCCAGUUCGGAUGUCGACACUGAAACAUGCAGAGUGUCUGUUUCAGAGUUAUUCUGUGACUCUUACUGUGAUUGUCUAUUUGUUUUGAAACCCAAACCUCGAGCUACGAACAGCAUUCAAUUCCCCCGUAGACGAUAAACACGAUUGUUUUUUAAAAAUAGACAUUCAGCAGUUCACCUGCUGUCUGUUUCCAACUCUUCCAAUCACAUCUGCAGACACUAACAAAUGUAAGCCUGCACAUGCGAUCCGCAGCGGAACGGAAAGAAGCAGGUGGAAAUUUACACGUUAAGUUGAAUGGUUACGAUCAACUACAAUCGGUGGAUACGGCCUUUUCGUAGCUGUUCAGGAUGCGGUGGAAACUGGGAUUCAGUCAGUGUCGCCUGGCCCCAAACUUUAAUUCAAGUUUAACCCUCGCACCGCUGUCACGAUUAAAGACAUGAGACUGACACUGCUUUGGCGUAAUCAUCAGUGAUUUGGCCCUCACCAGCUCCUGUUGUCCUCUUUCCUCAGCUUUUCUCGGAUCUUCCAGCUGACGGUUAAGGAACUCGCCCCCAAAUGUGACGUGAACUUCCUGCUCUCGGAGGACGGCAGCGGGAAGGGGGCCGCCCUGAUCACUGCGGUGGGCUGCCGUCAGAGGGAGCUGGAGGCGCAGCAGCAUUAAGGAGCUCCAUCCCAUCUGUCCUGGAGAACGACCUGCUGCUCCACGUGUCCUUCACUCACCGCACUGCCCGACUCCACUUCACCUCUUGGCAGCCGUGACUCCCCUUCUGUUCCACCUGGCCCCCCCGCCCCGCCCUGUACACAGUCAGAGAGACAUACUGCAUGCAUGAAGAAUUAACACUGAAUAUUUAUUUAUACUGCACCAGAGGGUUUAUUUCCAUGUUUGUACAUUUCUGCAAUAGCUUGUCGAUAAUCUGAUUAAACUAAACUCCUUAGCUGUGCAAUAUUUGUGUAUUGCUAAUUUUAUUUUUAUAUGGAGGCAAAUAUAUUAUUGUAUUUAUAUAACAGAGGCCACUUUGAACCCCUGCGAUAAUCAUUAGGAUUUUGCACCACAGAAACAGCAUGAAUAGGCACUUUUUAUAUGAGGGUUACAACUACAGCAUUUAAAUGUAACUUCCAAACGAAGGACCUGAAUCGUUUUUACGUUUGACGCCGCUGGUUUAGAACAACCAGCUCCAAAAGGGCUCGCUGCACAGGGUCGAAUGCAAGAGUCACGGCUGUUCAAAUCACCCUCAUUUUCACACUCUGUGCUUGGCUACUAACCUUUCUGUGUAACUAUCAGUGUAACUCAAGUGUUUCAGCUGCACCAUCCCAUUUAAGAGCGGACAGAUAGAAAAGGCCCCAAGUGGAAGUGUUAGCGCCGUAUCCAGUUACUAUUUGUGAACUACUAUACUUUUGGUGUUGUGAUGAAUCCCACUUCUACUCAUUGUGUAUGUGCAAAGAAUAAAUGUUUAUUGGGCCCCAGAAAGGAGUGGACACGACGAGCGCUUCUGUUUGUGUGUAUUUGUGGCUGAGUGUCAGUGUGUCUACUGUGUCGACCUGUAGCUUUCAAUGUCCAACGCUCUGUGGAGACUGCAUGCCUUACAUUAAGACAACGGAGAGCACUGGAUCUUUCCCUUCUUUCUGUUUCCUCUUUCUCUUUUUUUUUACAUCAGUAUAGAUUUGUGAUCCACACAGUGAAAAGUGAAUUCAUUAAAUUAUAUUUUGUUGUGGAGCAUAUUCUGGUGUCUCUUUCUUAAACUAUCGAACGAUGACGGCAUGCUCAAACUUUUGAAAACUAGACGUCACAUAAAGAACGGGGCGUUUCCUUCUCCUGGAGCUCAGUCAGAGCUAAUUUUUAUACCAGUCUAUGAACUCCAUGGAGACUUUAUGAUGGGGAAACAGCCUUGGGAAGCAAUGGCCAGCUCUCCAGACUCCUGUUGGAGUCAUGGGCGAGUGGUAAAAGACUUUUGGCUAAGACUGAGUGUUUACUUUGUGUAGAGAAGCAGAGUCUUAGAGCAGAUUGUAAUCUCCACUAGCUGCAUACAUGUUUGAAUACUUAUUCAUUACUGUUAAAUCGGUAUUACAUGACAGCAAAUGGGUGUAAGGAUUGCAUCAAACCUGAGUCUUGCCUUUUCGCUCUUUUCAUGGACUUUUUAAACAGUCGACAUGCUCCUGGACAUCACCCAUCGGUUUUUGUAGAGGCAUCACGAAGCUCAAAGACGCAUGUCGCCAUGUUGGAGAAUUCUUACUCCAACUGUCACGUUUUCUUCAAAUCAAGUCCAAGCAGAUAUCGAACAUAACGUGCUGAUGAUUUAUCAUGACUACCAUGCAGUGGUCAGGUCACGGUGAGAGCACCCUCUGCUGGACAAACACGGUGGAGUGCGCUGAUAAACAUUUUUGUAUUGGAACAGAAGUUUGGACACACUGUAAGACACAAGGCUUAUUUAUGCUCAACGUUCUUUUCAUCCGUAUUUCUGCACCUAUCCUUGAAGUUUACAGACACAGGCCAGACUGUGCAGUACCACUGGAAACCGUGGGGGCAGUGUUGCUGCUGUCACGUCCCGAUACGCAUCUUUAGAGAGAAACGAAGAAGACAAUGGCGGCAGACAUCCUGAAUUACUGAAAAUGACGGUCAUCGUCAAUUUCUCUCAUGGGUAUGACUAGAGAAAAGAAUUCCCCAUCCUCCAACCUCCAGGC